AUGCUCUCAUUGGAGGAAUAUAAAACGCAAUUAUCUCAAUUGUACCAAUCUAAGGUAUUUCAAGCCAGAAGUGACUGCAUUACCUUCAAUUUUAGUACGAUUAUUUUCACUAUUUAUUUCAAAGCUAAUAAUCGAAUCUUAGAUGCUACAGGAGCUUCAGUUGUCAUUUUAAGGAUCGAAUAUAGUGAAAUAUAUAGAGAACCAACACUUUACAUUCAAUUACAACAUGAAUUUACUGAUGUUUCAGGAUUAUUAGUUACAAAAUUAUGCAUAGUUCCUGAUAUGGGCGUGAUAUUACCCAAACCUGUUCAGAGUAUAUUUGUUAUAGAACCUGAACAAUGCGAUGGCGCUAUCUGGUGGUGCUUUCAUCAAUGCAAUACAAAAUAUAUAAUAGGAGAUAAUCAAUCAUAUAAAGACACAUAUUUAGAGAGGUGGGUGAGCUCAUACAUAUAUAGUUGGGUAUAA